AUGUAUAACACAACUUCAAAACCACCUGCUUUACUUACGGAUUCGUCCAUAACUGCAAUUACAACCGUAUUUAAACCUUCUACAAACAAUAAGAUUCCAUCAAUAACCCGUCCUAUUCCAAAACCAAAUGUAGAUAUUCUUCGGAAAUUAUUAGUUCACUCCGAUGGUCGCGAUAAAUUCUUAAAGAUUAUUCAGUAUUUUGGAAAAAUUAUUCUUUGGCUUCAUAUUAAUAAAAAGAAGACAAAAUAUCCUAAACUUUAUUCUCGUUUAAUUGCCAUGACAUCUCAAUUUUCUAAUACUCGUAAAAUAAUCCGAUUAGCACAUUUUCUUGAACCAUACGCAGAUUUUAAAGAGUACGUAGCAGGCGCUCGUAAUUUACCACACACCGCACUUCGUUAUGAACAUGCUGUUAAUACUUUGGGAUUUAUUAAUUCGAUUGUUGGCUUUUUUAAUGAUAUUUUUGAUGAUUUAUAUUGUCUUGGUAAAGUUGGUAUUUUAGAUAAAUCGGUAGCUAAAAGAUCAGAACCUAUUGCCCUUAAAUUAUGGUUUGUAAAUAUUAUCUUGGAUAUUCAUGAACUUAUAUUUAGAAUUUGUUUAGUUAAAUUUAUUAUGGAUUUUUGUUUCUGUGGAUAUGAUUUAUUUGGGUAUACAUUUUCUGAUGGUGUACAGGCUGUUUCAGGCUUUGUAGCAGGAAUUUUAAGUAAGUAA